GAUUCUAAGCGACGUAAUUACGGCAUUAAUCCGGAAAUAGAGCACGACAGACGCAAGGCAAUUCAGAAGAAAAUAGAGAGCAAAGAACAAAAACUUGCACAAGAAACUACUUUCUCCAAUGUACGGACAAUGAGUCGCCAUGCUAUGGAAGUAGAGAAAUCUUUAAACAGAGGAACAGAAAAGUCAAAUGUAUUUUCCCACCUGGUUCAUUCUCAACAGAAAUGUAAGAAAAGCCUUUAUGGUUCCUAUUCUGUACGUUUUAAUUGUAAUGGUGAAAAAAUAACCUUCGCCCAUCUUCUUAAGUACUAAACGUGUAUUUAUACUUAUACGUAAUGAAUAUAUGUCAUUAUAUAUUAUGCAUUAUCUUAUUUGAUCGUUCCUUGUCAUGGAUGACCUGUUUACUUCGAAUUUAUUCUGUGUUUAUGUUUCUACAGUUGACCCCGCCCUUGACACCGUGUUGAUGGAAUAUAACGAAAAACGAAAUUGCAAGAAUCAAGAAAUCAAAGGAAAUAUUGGUCGUGCUCAAGAAGGUGAAGUCUGCAACACUCAUUAUGAAUCAGAUGAUGAUCAUGGCAGUGAACGUGUGCUUCCUUUAGACGAAGAAGUUAUAAAAAGACAUCGGUUGACCUUGGAUGAAAUCCAUUCGAUUCCUCGAUUUAGGGAUUAUCAGCCGGGCUUUCCAAAUGAGGUACUGCAUGUAAAAUAUAAUAUUCUUUGCCGGAAAGCAUUACAUUUUUUAUCACCCACCCAUGCAUGCAGUCCGAAGAUCCUGAUUAUAAACAUUACUCUCUAAGACACAAAACGCGGGACGUUGUUUUAUACAGAGACAAGAAGUUUUGUAAAACUAAAAGAACAGAAGAAUUUUUUACUUUUAAAUAUUUUUAGCUAUUAUAAACUUUAAUGUAUACAUGUAUCUAUCAUACUGUUAUGUAAAUAACUCGUUAAUUCAGUUGUCUGUAACUGCAAAGAUUUUAUUAAACCAUCUUCCACCUUAGCUGUGUUCCCGCCUUAGUUACGAGGGAGAUGAUUAGAACCAUUACUUUUCCGUACUUUUAUUAACUCCAUGGUUGUCAUAAUUCUAUGCUUUUUAGCUAUUCUAGAAAAUUUGCCCAAUAACUGUAAGCAUCUACAGUAUUUCUUAGUAUAUAGUAGGUCAAUCUACGGGAUUUGAAUGUUGUAAUGGGUGGGGUAAAUGAUUCAAUUAUCACAAAUUUAUGGAAUGUUUUAGGUACAACAAUAAAAUCAGUGAAUGAAGUGCCUUACACAUUUUACAGGUGCUAUACAUAAAGAACUUGAGCAAGAAAGUAUCAGAAGCUGACCUCCAGGCGCUGUUUAACAGAUAUGAAGAUCAAGAUAAUCAAAUUCAUAUACGGUUAAUGUCAGGACGCAUGAAAGGUCAAGCCUUUGUCACAUUUGCAGGUUAGAAUCAUGCGUAUUAUAGCCGCCGGAUAUGGUGCUUUUUGCUAACUGAGCGGAUGAAAAAGAUCCAACCGUACAAUAGAUAUUGUUCGUACAAGGAUUAAUCCCUUUUAUGUGUCAAUAAAGUAUAUAUGAUAAUCAUUGUAUCAAAGUAAGAUCGAUCUUGUCGUAUCAUAUUUUUUUCCUGUCGUAUCAAUUUUUUCCUGUCGUAUCAAUUCAAAUAUUUACCAGAUAUUUAGCUUAUUUCAUAUUUUGUCUUAUAUUUCUAAAACUGACAUCUAUUGGUAAAUCAUAGUAUUGAUUGUGUCAAUAGCCUUGUUCACAAAGUCAAAAUGUAAUAGGAUAAACAUCCCUGAUCCCUCCCUUUUUUAACAUAUCAAAUAAAUUAAUGCAUGUUAUUUACACUGCAUGUGUGAGAGUGAAUGAAGUGGUGAGUACGUGGUUAUCCCACGCAAGCUCCACGAUCAAAACAAAAAUUGGCCGGGAUUUUUUCCAAAAUUUUAUUUUGAUUUAAUUCAACGUUGAUAAAGUGCAUGGCUGAAGACACUCAUUGCCCAUGCACAAUAUUGCAAAAGCAUAAAUAAAUAAAGUAAAUACCGUAAGUCAUACACUAAACAGUGCUUUCGCUUAAAACUAAAUUUCCGUUUAAAUCCUUUUUUUUUUCCAAGAAAUAAAAGUACUUGUGCUAAUGUGCUAUAUCUACAGUAUAGCCUCUGGAAACUUUGUUCUUUUCCCCUUCAUAUGUAUAACCGUGUAAUAUUUAACUGCUUUUUCUUUUGAAGAUAAAGAUGUUGCGAUUGAAGCAUUUAAUCUGGUUAAUGGAUAUGAACUUUAUGGACGACCAAUAAUCAUUCAGUAUGGCAGAAAAUGCAAGGACUCUGCUUGA